AUGUUGUCUGCAGCACACAAUGUUCUUUUCUUUGUUCUUGACUGGAGAACUCCAAUCAUUCACUUUUUACACUUUGCUUCAGCAUUAGCCUUCUUUGCAACCAAAACAGCAUUCACCCCAGACCGUGGGGUUUUGCUGAGACUUUUAUUUGGAGAAUUUUUUCGUCCACCUUUAAGGAUUAUUUUUUGGAAACCUUUAUUAGCACAAUUAAUUGUUUGUUUAUUGUCUUCUAUUGGUUGGUUUGGAUAUUUUAAAUUAUUAACAAAUUUUAUUUUAAUAUUAGUACAUUCACAAAAUAGAACAGGCGGAUUAUACUUAGUUAGGCUUUUUGACUUUCUUGGAACUUUAUUGGUUAUUGGGUAUGGACCAAAAAUAUUGGGAGAGGAAGAAGAUGCAAAUAAGAGGAGGGCUAUUUCUCUCUUGCUCGUCCCCUUAGCUGUUUCUGCUUCUCUUAGUUGGCUUGAAUUUGGACAUAUAGAGUAUGACCCUUUAACAGUCUGGCUUUCCCCCUUACUCGGAUUAGCACAAGGAUUGCAUUUAUUGUUGCUUAAGCGCUCCCAACUGCUCUUCUUUGGAGCUUUCCAACAACAACAAAAUUUGAAUAAUUACGAAAAUAAAAAUGGGGAUUGUGAAGAGGAUAAUUAUGGGUAUUUUAAAAUUAAAAUUAUAAAAAAUAUUUUUUCAAAAAAAAGUCAAAAAACAAACAAUUUUUCCCCUUUACUCUUCCAACGCUUUGCCCUUUGCUACACCUUUGCUAUGACUUCCCUUUUAUUUAUUCCAGCAUUAAUAUCGUAUAGUCAAAGUAUUGUUCCCUAUGAUGCAAGUUGGGAAUCUAUAGAUAAGGUAUUAAUGGCAAUGUCAGUUGUAUUUAUGAUUGGCUACAAAUAUUCAGAACUGUGGCUACAAGCAAAACUUGAAGCAAGUUUAAUGUUUUUUUAA